AUGGACGUCGACCACCCCCACGGCCUCGUCUACCCAAACGGUCUCCUCGCUGCCCUCCCCGUCCUCCACCCACCUCCCGACAAUGACCCCCAUACCCUCAAUACCAAUACCCCGCAUCACCACCACAACCACCCCCGCCCCCGCCCCCGCACUCGCUCCCCACGACACACUGCCUCGCCCCCCAUUCGCGCCCUAUCUGCACCCCAGUUCGCCGACCUCCACCUACAGCAUACACUCGCUCACCCACCGGACAACACCCUCUUUCCCUUCUUACAUGGCCUCGAGGGCGACAACCACGCCCAGAACACAUUCUUCGCCUCGUCGUUUGCCAAUAACACAACCACCAACUCCAAUGGGAAUCAAAGACACCAUUACCAGCAUCAGCACCAGCACGGUGCAGAGCCGCCGCCGCGGAUUACGCCGCGCGUGCCGCACUACCGCGGGCUCGUAUGGGUCGUGUGCGAGGACGACCUCGAGCGUGCGCGGGACUGGGCCUCGCUCAGGGUGCUCCGCCGCAAGCCUGUCGGGCCCACUUCUACCGCAACCGCCACUGCGAAUGCAAAUGCAAAUGUUAGUACCAACGCUGCUGGAGGUAUAGCGGGCGAGGACGACACGGACCACAACCCGCACGCGCCAUCGUCCUCCGACUCGUCUUCCUCCGCGUCUUCGUCUUCUUCGGAUUCGUCGUCUUUGUAUGAUGAUGAGGACGAGGAUCUGGACCUGGACCUUGACCUAGACCCGGCGCAUGCGCAUGCGCAUAGCCAGCCAGAGCGCGGCGUCGACACCGACGCGCAGGACAUUUUGCUUAUGCUCGAGGCGACGAACGAGGCGGCUGUCGCUGCGAAAGCGGCCGCUGUGGCUGUGGCGGCCAAAGACCUUGAUACAGACAAAGGAGCACUCGAGGACAAGGAGAAAGAGCGGGAGAGGAUGGGGUACAGAGAUCGGCCGCUUGAUGCUGAGCUCGACCUUGACACGGACCCGGACGAAGAAGAUGCGGAUGCUGAUGAGGAUGAAGAUGGGUCGCAUACCUCUGCUUCCGCUGCUCAAGUACGGUUGCCGUCAACGCAGACACAGACGCAGCCGCAGGUCAUUUCACUUGAAGAAGUCUUCACUGUCGAUACAGGCAACGCCAAAGGCACACAGAACUACGAGGGCGCGCAUAUGCACCCUGUUGCGCACCGGCCUGCGUUGGUGCUCGCUCCGCCUGUUGCGGUGCCUGGUGUAGGUGUCGGUGUCGGUGGAGGAAAGGGGCUGGGGAUUGAUACGAACACAAUUGCAAAUGGCCAUGCUGUCUCUUCGAUUGCAAAUGGGAACGUUGUCUCUUCAUAUGCGAAUGGCCAUGCAAAUGCGAAUUCCAAUUCGAAUUCGAAUGGUAAAGGUGGUACAACGACGACGACAACAAACGCAACCGCCAACGCGCAAAUUACAACAAGCACAACAACACAUGCGACGCAUACAUCCCUCUCCCCACUCACAUUCGCAACCAUCUCACCCUCAUCUUCGCUCUCCGCAACCUCUGCCUCUGCCUCAACGUCAACCUCGUCGUCUCCGUCGUCAUCUGUGUCUUCCUCGUCCUCCUUCGUCGAUUCACCACCGCAUUCAGUGUCCGUUUCCCCAUCAGCGUCCGUGUCAGCGUCGCCUUCUCUAACAGGCUCCCCGUCGAUGUCGAUGUCAGGAGAUACAGAGGGUGAAGGCGAGGGCGAAUGGUCGCCUGCAACGUCCAUCUCACAUAUUGCUGGCAGCCCGCUGUCGAAAGAGGUUGAUGUCGAUGUUGAUGCUAAUGCUGAAUUAGGCGUAGAGGGAGAGGGAGGACAGGGGAGGCCGAUGUCGCUUUUGGAGAUUGAGCUGGAUGCGAAGAGGGUGGGUCGUUUACAGUCACGUCAGGAGUCGGGGCAUCCACAUGAACAUGAACAACAAUCUCAAUCUCAAUCUCAACAUGAACAUCAAGAACUAAUACCCACCACAUCCCCAGCGUCCGCCUCACCUUUACCUUUGCCUCUACCUUUGCCUUUACCAUUAUCCUCACCCUCGUCCUCAUCUUUACCUUUACCUUUACCUACUACACUCUUACAACCUGACUCGAACCCCAAACCCAAACCCAAACCCAAGGAACGCCGAGCAACAGACCCGACAAAACCACCGCUGCUCACAUCCACAUUCCGGCCUAAAGAGCUGUUGAGGCGGGUUAAAGGGCAGGGGAGGAAGCAUAGUCAUGGUCAUGGGCUUGGGCAUGGGCGUCAUAGGGAGAAGGGGAGGUUGCGUGUGGAUGUUGGUGGGAAUGGGAAUGGGGUUGUGGGUGGGGGUGAGGGCGAGGGCGAGGGUGAGCAGGAUGAAGAUGUGGAUGUGGAUGAGGAUGAGGAAGAUGGGAGGUGGGAGUUCGUCCCUGCGCGUGUACCGGAUGGAAUCUCGUUGAGGAAUUUUGGAAUUCAAGUGUUGGAGUCGCGUUGGAGGGUAGUUGGAUCGUAUACUUGGAGGUCUGCCGCAGGUUUGGUUUGUGCUUUGCAAGCCCUUUCAGAUGGUUCUGGCGCAAAAGUUGGAAAAGAAAGAAAUGGGUGGUGGGAUAGGCAGGCGCCUUAUCCGAUUUAUGCUACAUUGUCUGACAUUGUCAUCUACUCUCCGCACGGUGCAACGCCUGCGGCUCUGGCCCUCGCGCGCCGCUUCAGAGCUGCGAUCAAGGCAAAACGCGCGGAGCGCCUGCGUGCUGCCGGUCUGGACGAUGAGUCCAUCAGGGGCGCGGAGAGGGCGCUGAAGGCCAGGGAGGCGGUGCAGAACAAGUUGGAUAUGAUGGAGCGGGAGGGGUCGGGGGACAGUGGGAGCUCCGGCAGCAAUUUUGGGCCGGUGUACGAGGAUGACAAUACGGCUCAGCAACAGCAACAUCAGAUGCCCGAGUUGCAGACGGAGAAGGACUCUGCUAUGCAUCCGCACAUUGCAGCGCUGCACAGACGACGCGCGGAGUUUUUGGAGUACAAUGUGUUUGUGCUCGACGCGGACGAAGAUGAGAUGCGCCGUGCGAUGCCGCAUAUGAUGAUGCGCGUCUGUGGUGCGGGUGUGCCUGGGGGUUUGGGUUUGGGUGUUAGUGUCGAAGCCAGUGCAGUCGGCUCUGCCGCCACUGCUACCGCCACCGCAACAGCUACCGUAUUCGGCGCGGACACGGCACUGAUGGAUGGUGGUGCUCAUACGGAUAGGUCGGAUGGGCAUGUUAUUGAGUUAAAGAGAGAGGAGGAGCUGGCGGCCGCGGAAGCGAGGCGGGUAAGAAUGGAGGCGGAGGCAGAGGGGAUGGGAAUGGUGGUGGAUACGGUGGAGGCGGGUGUAGAUGUUGAUGCUAUGGAUGUGGACGAGGUCGUGGAUAUUGUCGCGGCCGCUGCGUCGCGUGUUGCUGCUGAGCAGGCGCAGGCUGAGAAGACAGAGGAAAAGGACACAAAGAAAGAGGAGGAAGAGGAAGACAUCCUGCCCAAUACAGUCGACUUUGCUCUGCGCGAGCGGGAGGAGAUGCGCGAUUUGACUAAGGCAUCUGAGAUUAUCAGUCUCCCGCCCAUUACGUCUGCAUCCUCGCGAGGACAAACAAAAACGCCUGUUGAGUACAGCGACCUUGGGCCCUCACCUGUAUGGGAUCCUCGCGUUGGCCAGGUAUAUCUGGGCAACUCGGGUGAUGUGCCGUUGACGCCUGACGUACCGACACAAUUCAGGCAUGCAGCAAGUGUCGCACGCGCGGCAGCGGCGGCAACGACAACGACCGAUGCAAAUGCUGAAGAGAACGCUAAGUGGAAUUGGAAGACGCUCACGCGGCAUCUGCGUGGGGUCGAUGGGCUCAUGAAGGAGUAUAAUGGCGAACUUGGUCUAGAAUACCAACAUGGGUUCGAGGAGGAGGAUGCGGAGGGCACGCUCCCCGCGGAUGACCCGUUCAACUACGCCGCGACGAACGACCCAGCACACGGGUUUGGGUAUGACAUCUGUGUCGAGUGCCAUGAUCUUGCGCCAUUCCCUUCCGCGGCGCACCUGCGCGCGGCGGAGGAGCAUCUUGGGAUGCUAGAUGUCAUGUGGCGGGAGCGAUGGGAACGAGCAUGGACAGCGCGUCUCGUGCGUCUCUGUGCAGGGAAGAGCGCGGAGGAGCAGGCAAGAAUUAGAAAUAUGCAUGCCCCACCGACGCCGCCGCGCCCCCCUCCCCAUGCGAACGCGGUAAUCCACCUACCGUUCCCCAGCUCGCCCCCGAACUCGCAGGGGACGAUGGUUGCACUUAUGCCUGUGGUGAGGUUUUUGGAGAAGUGGAUCCAACCUGUGCCUGUGCCUGUUAUUGUCCCACCACCUCCACCUCCUCCUGUGGCCCCUGUGCAGGAGUCCCAGAAGGGAGAGAGUCCACCGGCAACUACUGGUGGAGCGGGCUCGAGGCGCUGGUCGUCUGUUACGGCGCUCAUGCCGUCGUUCCCUGUUUUCCCCGGCAGUGGCAGCAGUAACAACAAUACAACCAAGGCGGCCCCUACACCUCCUCCUUCUUCUCCGCUGCCCCCCGCCCCCGCGCGAAUGAGGUCCAUGACCUCUCCGUCGUCUUCCAUGUCGCACCACCCACCGACGCCUGUGCAAGCGCGCUCAAGGCCGCUCAAAAUUUUGUUGUAUUCUUCUGAUGGGUACACCGAAUCGUCCGUCCCAGCUUUGUGCCUGUUGAUGGCGAUCAAGUCGUUAAUGCUGCCCGAGGCUUACCUCGAGCUGCAGGUGGAGAAGCGGCGUAGCUUUUUUGUGUACCAGACUGACCUGGGCCUGUUGCGUCGCGUGGAGAACCGGCUGCGUGAGGAACGGGAGCGAGAAAAAGAGAAGGAGAGAGAAAGGGAGAGGGAGCGUGAAAGAUUGGCGACUGGUGUGUAUCUAUCAUCUUCGUCUUCGUCGACUGGGGGUGGGAGCAUCAAUGCAAAUGGAAAGAGGACUGCAGGAGGUCCAGUGGUUGUGCCUGCACGAGGAGGAUAUUGGUCUGGUUCGUCAUCCAGUGCUGGCAAUGCAAACUCGAAUCAAAAUCCGGGUACGACUUCAAACCCAACCCCGUCUGCGUUUACGGGGCGGCCUGCCGCCAAGUCGGUGUCGUUUGCUCAUGCACCUGGGUAUAUGCAGCAGCAGUCAUCAUCACAUCAGGUUGCUACCAGCUCCAUUUCUGGGGCCUCGUCCGCGUCGUCUCCUUCAAUGGCGCAGCUUGUCCCACAUGCGAGGGUGGUAUCGUCGCAGCAGAGCACAUCGGCCUCUCAGUUCUCGCAGAAGCCACAGUUUGAGUUUGGGAGUUUGCCAGCUACGCCUCCUGCAGGGAUGACUACUACGCAGCAGCCGCAGCCGCAACCUCCUAUGAUGGGCGUCGUGAAAGGACGACCGAGGGCGAGCACGAGUCCGUGGCUGCCGAGUUUGUUCGGAGGCGAUCACCAGUCGUGGUUCAACGAUCCACGGUUCGAUGGCAGUUUCCCCAGUAGGGUGCUGCCGUUUUUGUAUCUUGGAAAUCUGAAUCACGCGUCGAAUGUGUAUAUGCUUCAUGCGUUGGGUAUCACGCAUGUUGUUUCUGUGGGCGAAUGCGCUCUAGUUCCGCCUCCGCAUCAUAUGAGCAUGCACGGCGGGGCAGGGGAUGCUUGUGCUCGGCCAGGUCCUGGAGCGCAUUUCGUCCCAGGCAAGGGCCCCGGCGGGCACGGCUCGUUGUGGAUCGAAGAACGCGAAGGGCGCAUCAAGGUGCUGGACAUCAAGGGCGUGUGUGAUGAUGGAAUUGAUACUCUCGAGCCCCAGCUCGAGCCUAUAUGUGAUUGGAUCGACAAGGCGAGGCAGGAAGGUGGGCAGGUCCUUGUGCAUUGCAGAGUAGGCGUGUCGCGAAGCGCGACUGUCACGAUUGCAUAUGUGAUGAAACACCUCAACCUACCGCUCGUGGAUGCGUAUCUGAUUGUUCGCUCGCGACGACUUUCAGUACUCAUUCAGCCAAAUAUGCGGCUACUUUAUAACCUGUGCGGAUGGGAGAUUAAACUGGCGAAAGAGCGCGCCGGUGGUGAUGAACGAAAGCUUAAAAAAGAACUGGCUAGGACGUUGACCUGGCCAUAUCUGUCCAAGGAGGUUCACGCUCUGAACGAGAAGUAUCUUCAUUGA